GUCUUCAUUAGAAAACCAGGAAUUCAUCGAGUUAUAUCUAUCGUUGCCUUAAAUACAAUUAUGGAUAAAUGGUUUUGGUUGUGUCACUUUUUCAUUAUUAAAAUUAGCUUUUAAUAAUUAAGUUCACUUGGUUCAGCGGAUUGUAGAUGUAUUAUUGCCUGAAAUCGCACUCAGUUGCACGCGCAUGACUUAGUGAGUGUGGCAUCCAGUCAGUGUUAAAUGCAGAUUGCAGACAAGGGGUGAAAUGCAUAUAUAAGGCUGCUAGCUCCUGGCAAGUACAUUAGGUACAUGAACACUGGGAAGGAACCAUGCCUUUUUAAUCAAACAGGUGUGUUUCCGAAUCAACGACACAAUGCAGCAUGUCACGUGUCUGACACGUGUCCUUUGUUUCCUGGAGAUGGAUGGACGAUUCUCUAGCACGUGAGCUCAAAAGGAAUGAUCAUGUCAUUUUACCAAAGAACGAGGGGUACGGAUUGGGUCCAAACCGCGAGUUUCAGUAUAGGGACUGGAACUAGUAAAUUUCAAAAUGCCGGUCGUGUUAGUGCUUUCUCGACAAGGGACAAAGUUUUGUAGGAAGACAUGUUUUCCGAAAUUUUCUCUACCCAGGUCGAGAAAGUUUCAUGUCCAAAGAAACUUACGGAACCGCAGCCAGUAUGGAAAAGGAACUGGAAAAAACGACAUCCAGCCUGAAAUGCCGGAGGGUGUCAGUAAAUUAAGAAUGAUAAUGAGGCCCUUGGGUUUUACUAUAAUGACAGGUGCAGUGAGUUUUGGAACAUGUUCAAUUCUGCAUUAUGAAAGAGUUAGAAAUUUGUACAUUAGAGGAAGCCUGGAACGGAACUGGCCAACAAGAAGGUUUCCAAAACUGUUUGGUAUAAGGGAUGUGUUGAACAAAUGGUGGAAUUCUUUGCCUGAAGGCCAAAAGACAGUUGUAGGAAUCAUCUUUCUGAACACAGCAGUGUUUUCCUUAUGGCGAAUUCCUAGGAUGCAGCAUUUUAUGUUUAAGUGGUUUACGUCAUCUCCAGUUGCAGCAUCUUCAGCGACACUAUUGAGCAGCACCUUUAGUCAUAAGGAUUUCUGGCAUUUGGCUGUUAAUAUGUUUGUACUUUGGAGUUUUGCUCCAGGGAUGGAAGCUCAUCUGGGUAAAGAACAGUUUCUAGCAUUUUAUAUCACUGGAGGUGUGGCUGCCUCAUUUGCAAGUGUUGCACAUAGAAUUGCUAUUUCCAAUUUUUUUAGUGCAUCUCUUGGUGCGUCAGGGGCAUUGUUUGCUGUUCUGUCAUAUGUGGCCAUUCAUCAACCAGACUUGAGACUAGCUAUAGUGUUUCUACCAUUUUUUACAUUUUCAGCUGGCUCGGGCCUUUUAGCCAUGGUUGGUAUUGAUGUGGCGGGGUUACUUUUCCGCUGGAACUUAUUCGAUCACGCAGGCCAUCUUGGCGGUGUUUUACUUGGGGCGUGGUACUUGAAAUUUGGCCAUCAUUACUUGUGGGAAAAGCGAGGUUGGCUCGUUUCAAGGUGGCACAAGUUACGAGAAGGAUACAAAAGAACUUGAACUUAUCAGAAGAUUUUUCAUCUGUAAAAAAUGUCUUCGGAGUUCACUUUCAUUCAACAAAGUAGAAAGGUCACAGUUUAACGCCCUCAGUGGGUUCACGACUCUUGAAAAACGAACAUUUUUUCCACGAAUGCAGUGUUUUUAAAAACUGACUUGUGAUUUUAAUCAUACCACGAGGCAAAAACAACGAAAUACUUGAUUGUGACAAUUGCUUAAGACCUUCCGACGGUCUCCGAGGAUUAACACUUUCUUGGAGAAAUGAAUCAAAACACUUUCUCUCAGCUCCUAACAAGUGGAUUAUGAUGCAGUUUUGGGGUUUCUGACCAUGUCUUGUUCAUGUAGUCCCUUGGAGCCGAAUCGUAUCAAGGAAUAAAAGGGAGAGUUUUGUUCUCGUUUUCCGGUUAACUGUUUCCGUUCUGCGUUCAACAUGAAUUAUUCUUCGUUGUUGUCACAUAUUUAUUUUCAUGUUAUGUCAAGAUUAUCACUCAGUUGACGAGUUUCUUUAUGUCGUCCCUUGUGUUUUGGACAUGUCUGUAUAUCCUAAGGCGACAUUCCAUGCUAAUCACUGUUAAGAGGCAGUCCACUACAAUGUAACAAGGGAAAUAAGGCAGCGUCCACACUAAGCCCGAGAAAUUUGAAGACCCAGUUUUAUUUCUAUGGUUAGGCCUACC